CACCCAUGCAAAAGCUCCACACUCCCACCUCUUUUUUAUUUAAACCGGAACGUUACAAACAUCUCCCACAAUACUUACUGUUCCGAACCAAAACCUCACCAGUUUUCUGAUUUAUCAUAUCGUCAUUUUGUAAAAAAACAGAAAGGAAAAACACGAUGGCUCAGAAUCAGCCUCGGUUUGACCAGCCAUUCCAGCGCCAUCACCAGCCUCAGGCGCAACAAUUGUCUCACCAGGUGGCCAAGACCACCACGGCGGUCACAUUGGGGGGUUCCCUUAUGGUUCUCUCCGGCCUGACACUCACCGGUACGGUGAUCGGGCUGGUGUUGUUGACACCCCUCUUGGUGAUAUUUAGCCCGGUGCUGGUUCCGGCGGCGAUAACCCUGUUCCUGAUAACAGCUGGGCUGAUUACUUCAGGUGGGCUUGGGGCUACGGCCAGCUUUCUGUUCUACUGGAUGUAUCGGUACGCGACGGGGAAGCAUCCCAUUGGGGCAGACCAGAUUGACAGGGCUAAAGACCGAAUUGCGCAUGCUGCUAAAGAGAUGAGGGACAAAGCCGAGCACUACGGGCAUCAGACUCAGCAGCACAUUAAGAGCAGCCAAGAUAUCUAGACACCACAUCCUGCAGCUGGGUGUGAUCAUAAUAAUAAUUAGACUUUGCAAGGUGUUUUUGGUUGACUCUUCAGGUUGAUUGUACUUUUGAGUGUGUGUGUGUGUGUGUGUGUGUUUGUGUGUGGUGUUUGUGUGUGGGAGAUCAUCAUUUCUUCCCCAGAGAAAGUGGUGUUCCAUUCGUCUGUUGUAUUUUCGUGAGAGGGAUUUCUCUAUGUACUUGUGUUGUCCUCCUCGCUUGUUGCUAAUUAAUGGUACAUUAUUGUUUCUCUCUUUCAACUUUUCGGCUUGGGUUCGUACUAAUUCAGAUUUGCUUGAUAACUGUAUCUUAAUCCGCGGCUUUUUUUUUUUUUUUUUUU